AUGACCCUUUUGAAGUUUGUGGAUAAAGAUACUGGAAAAAAUAUUGGUGCAUUUAGUUGGUUUGCAACACAUGGCACUUCAAUGAGCAGAAAUAAUAAGCUAAUUAGUGGAGAUAAUAAGGGUGCAGCUGCUAGAUUCUUUGAGGAUUGGUUCACCAAAAAUUCUUCUAUUAAGGUGUUAGUUUCAGGAUCAGGUAUCAACCAAGAUUUAUUUAAUAAAGCAUCUAAAAUCAAGCCUACAGGAGGACAACCUUGUACAAAUACAACUAGUCAAGGGUUUAAGGUGAGAAAAAACAAAGAAAUGAAAUUUGUUGGAGCAUUUUGUCAAUCAAAUGUUGGAGAUGUGAGUCCAAAUGUGGUUGGAGCAUUUUGUAUUGAUAGUGGAUUACCUUGUGAUUUUAAUCACUCUUCUUGUCAUGGAAAUGACCAACUCUGUGUGGGCUGCGGACCUGGGUAUCCGGAUGAAAUAUUGAGUACAAAGAUUAUUGGAGAAAGACAAUUUCAAAAGGCUGUUGAUCUUUUCACAUCUGCUAAACAAGAAUUAAUAGGGAAAAUUGAUUAUCGACAUGUUUAUAUUAAUUUUACAAAUAUUAAGGUUCAAUUAGAAGAUAAUAAGGUUGUCCAAACAUGCCCUGCAGCAUUGGGCCCAGGAUUUGCUGCUGGAACUACUGAUGGGCCUGGUGUUUUUGGUUUCCAACAGGGUGAUACUGAGAUUAAUCCAUUCUGGAAGAAGUUAAGAGAUGUGUUAAGAGAACCAAGCCCAUAUCAAGUGAGCUGUCAAAAGCCCAAAUCUGUUUUGUUGGACUCUGGAGAGAUGUUUCGGCCAUAUCCUUGGGCGCCAGCAAUACUUCCAAUUCAAAUUUUUAGGUUAGGAAGUCUCAUCAUUCUUUCUGUGCCAGGAGAAUUUACAACAAUGGCUGGACGUAGGUUAAGAGAGGCAGUGAAAGAGACACUAAUUCGCAGCGGAAAUGGCGAAUUUGAUGACCAAACUCAUGUUGUCAUAGCUGGCCUAACCAACGCUUACUCACAAUACAUAACCACUUUUGAAGAGUACAAGCAACAACGAUAUGAGGCUGCGUCUACGCUAUACGGUCCACACACAUUAUCAGCAUAUAUUCAAGAAUUCAAGAAGCUAGCUGAAUCUAUGGCAAAAGGAGAAAACAUUACUACAAAAGGACCUUCACCACCAGACCUUUUGUCAAUUCAACUUAGUCUAUUACCAAAUCCUACUGGUGAUUCACCUCCACCAGGCAUAAAUUUUGGCGAUAUUAAACAAGACAUAAUGGUACCAAAAUCCGGAACGUUUACAAAGGGAGACAGAGUAAUUGCAACAUUCUGGAGUGCAAAUCCAAGAUAUGACUUACUUACUGAAGGCACAUUUGCUGUUGUGGAAAUGCUUCAACACCAAAGUUGGCUACCUGACGAUGAUUUUUGCUUGUUCUUUAAAUGGCAAGCAGGAAAUAUCACUGGUAUUGCUCGUGCUGAUGUGAAUAGUUAUGGUUAUGCUACACUUGAAUGGGAAGUACCAGAGGAUGCUAGUCCUGGCGUAUAUCGCUUAAGACAUUUUGGAUCAACUAAGGAAACGAAAGAAUCAUCAAACUCGUAUUAUACUGGUGCAUCUAGUGCUUUUACAGUGUCAUAG